UGUUCGCCUGACAACACAAACACCGAACUGAUCUGCAUUGGGACGUUAAUCAAUACUUUAAUGCUGUAGCCAUAGAAUCGUUUGUUUACUCCACCUGGAAUCAUCUGUCUUUCUGCGGGGUACCUGAGCCGUUCAGGUGACCACGCAUGGCCGAGGUCCUGCAUAGCGAGGACAGUGUGUUCAGUACGAGUUACACCUGAACACGACAGGCAAUGGUGGCAAUGCCCGGACACUGAUCUAACGGAAGAGAUCAUCGACAAAAAGUGUUUGGGAAUACUGUGGUGUCCAUUUGGGACUGACGUAACUAUGAAGCCCGUUCGGAUCAAGAAGAAGUUCCGUGUGUUGUUACUGAUAAUCUGUUUUACGUUAUUGUUGUUGCUGCUGCUGAGUUGGAGUGGAUGUCCAUCCGGAGGCUGUGUCCGCCACACAGGACCCUACAUACGUCAACUGCCCCACCGUGAGUGGAGGAACACCACCCACAAGACAAUACUCCGAUGGACAGGAUUCUUUGACGAUAUGUCGUGGGAGCAGUCCGAUGACAGGUAUUUUCAGAGAUGCAAAGUUAAGACUUGUAGAUUAACACAGGACAAGGACAAGGUCAGCGAAGCUGACGCUCUUUUGUUUCAUGCUGGUUCUACGUUCAACUUCUGGCGGGGGAUCACGUGGCCCAGUGUUCGCCGUCCGCACCAAGUAUGGAUCAUGUAUAAUGUGGAGCCGCCCCCAAGAACUCCUUUAAACUUUCAAAAUUUAGGAGGUAUGUUCAACUGGACUGCUUGGUACAGGUUCGAUUCUGACGUGCCUGUGACAUAUGGCGGCCUGGUUAAAUAUGACACAGAUAUGAUAAAUAAAUAUUCAAAGACAUCAAGGAAGUUUUCUGCAGAAAGGCCAAGGCUAGCCGGGUGGAUGUCGAGUAACUGCUAUGACUUUAGUCGGCGUCUUGUUCUCAUCAAUAAAAUCAAGCAACACCUUCCAUUGGAAACAUAUGGCAAGUGUGGAGUUCGGCGCUGUCCUGAAACCAUUUGCAGGGAUACCAUUUCUGUUUAUAAGUUUUUCUUUGCUAUAGAGAACUGUCUGUGUAAGGAUUAUGUAUCGGAGAAGUUCUGGGAGGCUCUGCGGCGCCAGCAGGUUCCCGUUGUCCUUGGGGGAGCUGAGUACCACAAGCUCGCUCCUCCCCACUCAUUCAUCAACAUCGCGGACUUUUCCGACAUGAAGAGUCUCGGAGACUACUUGCUGAAGCUGGAGAAGGAUGAACAGGCUUACAACAAGUACCUGGAGUGGACGAAGUCGUACGACGUGUAUGGGGAGUUGGAGGCGCGGCGGGUGUUCUGGUGCGACCUGUGUGAGGCCCUCCACGACAAGAGCCGGCCGGCACAGGUGUAUGACAACCUAGAUGGCUGGGUGAACGAUGAACCUGAAUCAUGCCCGCAGUGGACUAUUGGUAAUCAACUGGGACGGUGGCUGGAUGGCGUAAAGAUCAAAUGGAACCUGAUGUAACGUAU